UGUCAUACAAUUUCUGUGUUUGACCUUUUUUCUCAACCAUAAAUCUUAGAAAAAUAAAAAUAAAAAUUCCUCUCUUAUUUUUCUUUCAUUUCUUCCUGGGUUUACUUCAAAACUUGAUAAACUGAUUUCAUAAUCACUAAAAACCUAUACCCAUAUAAAAAAAAAUCAAAUCUUUAGGUCUUAAAUGAUACAAAUUUCAUUUGGGUAUUGUUGUUUACUCCAAGAUUUGAUGACCCCACUUGAAAUUUGAAUCUUUAAAUCAAAAAGAUUGUCACACGUAUUUGAAAGUUGUUAAAUUUUUAAGAUUAGACCAUGAAUCCUUAUUACCCAGAUGUAAAAAAAGAGUACACACCAUCUGUUUCAAGUAGGAGUGUACAAGAAAGGCAAGCUUUGAUGGUAGAGAUGCCACAGCCAAUGGAAGGUUUACAUGAUGUUGGACCUCCACCUUUUUUGACAAAAAUAUAUGAUAUGGUUGAUGAUCAAAGUAUGGAUCACAUUGUUUGUUGGAAAAGAGGUGGUCAAAGCUUUGUUGUUUGGGAUCCACAUGCCUUUUCUACUAAUCUACUUCCUAGAUACUUCAAGCAUAACAAUUUCUCUAGUUUUGUAAGGCAGCUUAAUACUUAUGGUUUUAGAAAGAUAGAUCCUGAUAUAUGGGAGUUUGCAAAUGAAGGAUUUGUAAGGGGGCAGAGGCACAAUCUGAAGAAUAUUAGGCGAAGAAAGACAUCUGCUCAGCCUCCGGUUCCACAACAAGCAAUCACUCCAUGCUUGGAGGUUGGAAAAUUUGGAAUAGAUGGUGAAGUCAAACGUUUGAGACGUGACAAACAGAUUCUUAUGACAGAGUUAGUGAAGCUCAGACAGCAACAACAAAACACCCGAGCGCGCCUUCAAGCAAUGGAGUUGAGACUUCAAGGAACAGAACAGAAGCAACAAAAGAUGAUGAGCUUUUUAGCAAAAGCAAUGCAAAAUCCCGAUUUUGUUCAGAAGUUGGUUCGGCAUGGGAAGAGUAAGGAUCUUGAGGAGACCACCAUCAAUAAAAAGAGAAGGUUCAUUGACUAUGGUCAAGGGUCAAUGCUGAUUAAAGACGAACCUCAAGAAUGGGAGGAUCCUUCUGGUUUUGAAAUGUCCGAGCUAGAUGAACUUGCUUUAGAAAUGCAAGGAUUUGGGAGACCCAAAAGAGGUCAAGAAGUACCUAAUGACCUUGAUGAAUUCGAAUGUGAAGAUAGAGAACUAGAUGAUGAAUUCUGGGAAGAACUUUUCAGCAACAGUUCGGUAUGACUGGAUGCAAAGAAGGUCAAUAAAUGAAGUCAAAGAUGUGAAAUUUUUGGGGUUCAUAGAGCCAGGCGGGCAGACAUCGUUAAUAGUUCAUAAAUGUGUCAAUAAUCACCUCCUUGAUCUUAGCUUGUUUUUUAAAAAUCGUUUUAUUCUUGGUCUUUGUAGUUAGGUACAUUGGAUGAUGAUGAAGAUAUGAAGAUCAUGGACCAAUACAUGCUGAUUACUAUUGCUGAUGUUGGUUGGUUGACUUUAAUCUGAUUUUUGUAUAAAAAAAAAUAAGUAUGUACCUAUUAUAUCACUUUGCACUUCAACUUAAUUCAGUUUUCCUUGCCAUUUACAGGAUACAGAUUCAUGAAAAGCGAUUUUCUCCCUCAUGAAAUUUAACCAUUUUUUCAGUGUUUCCUAUAUAACUUUUAGUUAAUUUCUAAAUCUGAUCCUUCCAUAUGACUCUAUCUUGAUUAUCAGAUUGGAAGCAUUUUUCUGGCAAGAUUCAAGUGCUUGUUCUGAUAUAAGUUCAAGAUUCCCCUGAAGAUACAAUCUGAAGAUUCUUUGGCUGCUAUAUGGAACCCAGCUAAUCUGUAGUAUAUAUAGUUUAGGUGGCUCUUGAUGACUAUCCUUAAUCGUGUACACAUUUUUGUUAUCUGAAGUUUUAAUUAGGGAUAACAAUGUGUGCAUGGAUAAGAAAUCACGCUUAGGGGUCACACUAAAUAUAUAAGGUCUGCUGGAUCAGCUUAUAAAAGUUCCUUUCAGUGAUGUAGUCUGGAUGAGGUUGACAAGUUAAAUAUUUUCUACCACCAGAAGUUAUUAAGGGUUGUGAUUUCAACAAGCUGCACAGCUUUUUUGGCUCGGUCAGUUACUGUGCGAUAGAACGCUUUGAUAAGCCUACUUAUUGUGCAGGAAAUACUCGGUGCUAAUCUGGGUUGACCUGGAACAUAAAUUGACAUAAGAUAGAUAACUUAUCUUUAUUUGUAGCCAUAUUGUUAUAGAUUUAAGAGUUGUCAUUACAAUGAGGUAUAUGUGGUUAUGAUUAUUACAUGGUUACAUCAA